GCAAGUACUCAAGUAGAUUAAGGAGACAGGAGUGCUGGUACUUGAGUUACGUGUACGGAUGAGAGUUGCUAACUGGGGAACCUCGUUUAUUGCAUUUUCGUUGUAUGUAAACAGAGCAACGAACAACUCUGUGAUAGACACACUCGAAAUUUUGGAAGUGUCACAAUGAGUACACUGAAAUUACCACAAAGAAUAAAUGGAGUUUUAUUAGACAUAACAGGUGUUCUCAAGGACGGAUCGUCUGCCAUACCUGGCUCUGUCGAGGCUGUAAAUAGGUUGAAAAAAGCCGGACUGGCCAUUAAGUUACUAACGAAUGAAACUCAGGUUACUAGAUCGUCGUUAUGUUUGACGUUAUCAAAAAUGGGUUACUGCGUUACGGAACAUGACAUUAUUCCGCCGUGCCCUGCUCUGGUUGACCUUUUACGAAAAGAAAAGCUACGGCCACAUCUUCUUGUACAUCCAGACGUAUUAUCAGAAUUUGACGGCCUCAACAAGGAAGACCCUAACUGUGUUGUUGUCGGCGACGCUGCGGAAAACUUUUCGUACGAGAAUCUUAAUAAAGCGUUUCGAAUUUUGAUCGAUAUGGAUAAGCCGCGGCUUUUUUCCAUGGGCAGAGCGCUAUCUGCAAUUGGAGUAAAACCUGAAGAAGCUGUUAUGGUUGGUGAUGACAUUGAAUCAGAUAUCGGGGGAGCACAAGCUUGUGGAAUAGCAGGUAUACUUGUAAGAACUGGUAAGUUUCGUCCAUGUGAUGAAAAGCACCCGAGGGUAAAACCGGAUGUUAUUGUAGAUGAUCUUGCCGAAGCGGUCGACAUCAUUGUUCAGUCAAGGAAUUAGCUUUAAAAUACAAGCGCUUACAGUUUAAUUUGCAUUUUUGUCUUGUGACAGCAUGUAUGAUAUUAAGAAACUGUAAUACUAUGAUUUGCACAACUGUAUGGUGAAUGAAACUUAAGUUGAAGUUUUUUUGUACCAGACCCUUAGAUUAUUCCAUGUUACAAAUCAUUUUUUAGAAUAAACUUUAAUCAGAUAUCAAAUGAUUGUAAAUUAUAUAAAUAUAUUUUUUUAAUGUUGUAACACAAGUGGUAAAAGUUAACAUAUCUUUGUAAACUAAUUCCCAUUAGAUCAUUAAGAUGUCACAGUUUAUGUAUAGAGCCAAGGUUCUGAACAAAUGUUCAUAACUCUGUUAUGUGUGAGGUUCAUGUUGAAAAGUUUCAGUAUGAGCUCGAGCUAAUGAGGUACAUAAGUAAUAAGUUAUUGAGCAGUGAUUUAUUAAGUGUUUUAAAACGGCAGAGACAAUCAUAUACUCUAAUAAAAUUCACGAACCACACAUUGUCAGAUAGUGAAAUUACUGUAAAAUUGAUUACUUAAAUAAUAUGAUCUGAAACUCAUCUAAAUGCUAUAUUCAAAAUUAUAGUUAUCUUACAGCACCCAAUAACUUCUGUUCAUUAGAUGAAUUUUUUCAAGUGGAGGGUAAAUAGUGAGGUGAAACACACAUUAAGAUAUAUCUGUUUAUGUAAUAGUUAAAUUUUGGAUUAUGUACUCUUAUUGUUAAGUACUUGGUUGUUAUCAUUCUGUUUGAAUGUAACCUGGAAUUUUACUGAUAAUUAAAUCUCAACAGUGUAUUUGAGGAGCAAAUAAAUCUGUAACUUUUUACAGAUAGCAGGUCAAAA